UCUGUUGGCGCCCGGAUGGAGCGGGAGCGGUUGGUUCGGAGGCUGUCGGUGCUGCAGGCCUGCGUCCGGGGCUUCUUGGUCCGACGCCACUUCCAGAGUCUGCGAGAUGAGUAUGAAGCUAUUGUACGAGAAAUCGAGGGUGACCUGGGCACGCUUCAGUGGACAGAGGGCUGGAUUCCCAGGCCCCAGUUUCUCCCAGCGAAGGCAAAAUCCCAUCGGACCCGGAAACCCCAAGGGAGGGCACCAAAUCCAGAGCAGGAACUGUGGAGCAGCUUCUCAUGUAAAGAACCUGAGAGAGAAGCUGUCUUGGGGGAGGUGAUGCUGAAGAAGUCAGGAGAGAGCUCCGCAAACUCAGGAAGUCUUCUCUGCGGAGGUGACAGCCCCUGGCUUCGGGAUGAGCACAGCAGGAAAGCCAGGAAUCCCAGCCAAGGGGAGACCAGAGGUACGUCAAGGAUGGAAAACCCAGAAGCUGCGGGUCUAGGACUGCCCCGCAGCCAGACUGAGCUCCAGGCGCUCCAGUACCACCACAACCACUUGGCCAUGGAACUGCUGUGGCUGCAACAGGCCAUCAAUAGCCGUAAGGAGUACCUAAUUCUCAAACAAACACUGACAUCCCCAGAGGCCAGCCAGCCUAGAGACAAGCCCAGCGUGUGCCCAGACCGCAGGGCACAGACCUGUGAGAGGGCUGGGUCACAAACAAGCCCGCCACUGAAAAACCAGUCCUACCAAGACAGGACUGCUAGGGAGCCAGACCAUGUGGAUGACUGCUGGAGGCUCAAAUCACCACCCCGCAAGUCCCCAGAAAGACUGGCUACUACAGACAAAACCACGGCUGGGGUCAAGUACAGGGACCCAUGCUACAGGAGGGGUGGGCCACAGCUGCCCACACCAUCAGAUAACCAGGCCUUAGAGAACAGGCUCACCAAAGAGCCAGACCAUGGGGAACAGACAUUUGGACAGACCUGCCCGCAGCUAAUGACUGUCCUGCGCGACCACACCCCCAAAGGCCUCAAACCUAGGGGCUACCGUUCUGAAAAGGCCAGGACCCAGGUGCCCACACUCUGUGAAGACCCAGAUAUUGAGGACAAGUCUCCCAGGAGGCCAGAACACAGAGACCCUGAUUGCCAAAGAGCUAGUCCACGGAAGUUAGACCUCUCAGAGGACUGUGGCAUCUGGGAUGAGACCUCGGCAGAGCAUGGUGGCCAGGGUCUCUGGAAGACUAAACCACCUAAGGGCCAGCUCCCUAGUGAGAAAAGCUCCAGGGAUAGAACCUCCAAUGAACCUAGCCAUGAGGAAGGGAAAAACCAGAGGACCGUACCAUGGCGAUCAAGGCCGCCUGAGAAACUGUCUUUGACAGGGUCAGCCCACAUGGGGGAGGACCACUGGAGGGACAGGCCAUGGAAAACAGGACCACCAGGCUAGGCCCUGGGGAGCCAGGGGAAGACCAGGCUCCAAAGCGGGGUGCUAUGAAAGGGUGAUGAGGGAGGCAGGCCUCAUCCUUGCUCCCUGGUGCCAGCUCUUCCUUCUGCCCUGGGCUGUUGGUGGCUAAUGGGGCCAAGAGAAGCUGGAGCAAAGAGUGGGCACCAGUAUGGGGAGGGGAGGGAGAAGGACAUACUUUCAUCCUCUGCCUGUGGUUUAAUCCAAAUUUGGGGAUAGGGAGUUUCCUGGGAUAAGUAUACUGGGGAGCCUAAUGGAGAAUAAAAAUUUUUCAUGGAUUCUGCACCUGGUUGCAUUCAUCUUCUGCCUCUGUCCAGGAUAGACACUGGGCCCUCCUGUUCCUUUCCUGCUGGCAUGGGGCACCUUCCCCAGGGCUGGCUGGGAGCCACAGUCCAGGAGCAGAUGGGCCAUCCUUGGGAGCAGUCCCCAA